AUGAGCAAGAUAAACAACUCUUAUUUAGAUUUUACAAAGUAAUACAGGAAUCUUAGAGAAAAACCAGUUUUAGAGGCUUAUGAUCGAAUUGAUAAUCCAACAACUAAAUUUGAUAAUUUCUUGAAGACAUCAACAUUUUCUAAAAGACUUGAAAAACCUUCAUAAAAUCAAUCAGAAUUAUAAUCAAAAAAGAGAGGACCUACAAAAUCUGAUUACUUUUUUAUAGAACAUAAUCCAAGAUUUAAAGAGGAUUAAAAUUGCAAUUAAAAGAUAUUUGGAUAAAAGUAAACUCAAUUUCAUAGUGAUAUAAUUGAAAAUAUCAGAAACGAUUUUAAAUAAAAAAAUUAUUCAUUUCAUUAUCAACCUGAUAAGUUAGAUUAUUCUAAAGAUUAAGGACUACCAAUAUAACCUAAAGAGAGAGUUAAAGAAUUAUAAUUGGUUAAAAAGGAAUAAGAAUUGCAUAGGUCUUUGAGGUAGGAUGCAAAUUUCUUAAAUAGAAAAAAAAGGAUAUUGGAAAAUCUGCAUAAGAGUGAAACCUUAACUCAAAAUAAGCAUAGAAACAUAAGUUAUGAUAAAUAUCGUAAUUAGAAUGAAAGUCUUGAGUUCAACAAUAGUAAUACUAUUAUAGGAGAUAAAAUGAAUUUAUCUUUCCAUCUAUCGAAAGAUUGGAAAUGCAAAAAAAGAUCUGAAACUUCAAGACUUGAUACUUUUGAAAGAAUCUUAAGUCUAUAGCCAACAAAUAUUAAAGUGAAUAUAGAGAGAAUGAAUUAUUUAAAGUUCAGAGAAAACUGCGGGAGGGAUUACAAAAUUGUAAAUUUAACAAAAGAUGAAUGA